GCCGGUGAGAGUGGGAUCCGGUCCUGCGUGUCCUUCACUCAGACUUUCCCACAUCAUCACUUGGACCAUAAAAGGACACAGAGCCGCUCCCGCUCCGCAGCUCAGCCCGAGGAGGAGCUCCGCGGGCCGGCGGGAGUCAGUCACACCGCCCGGAGAGCCGAGCCUUCACCUGCGGGGAUUUAACAGCAACGUGGAAACUUUUUAAAAUCAGAUUUGAGAAAGUCUCGGAUCCUCUGCGGGUCUGCGCCACGGUCAGCCAUGAGUCUGUGGACUAACGGCUCCUCCGUGGAUCUGUUCCCCGGGACAAAGACCCCUCCGCCGGACUCCAACUCCUCCAACCGCACCGUCGGGCCCCCCGGAGCCGCCCCGCUGGACCUGAGCCGGGCGGUGCCGGUCGGCAUGGUGCUGGCAUCCUUCAUCAUGUUCGCCAUCGUCGGGAACAUCCUCGUCAUCCUGUCCGUGGUCUGCAACCGACACCUGCGGAUCCCCACCAACUACUUCAUCAUCAACCUGGCCAUCGCCGACCUGCUGCUGGGCACCACCGUGCUGCCCGUGUCCGCCACGGAAAUAUUUUCCAUGUCCCGGGCUUGGGCAACCGACACCCCUGCGGAUCCCACCAAAACUUACUUUCAUCAAUCAACGCUUGCCUCGCCGACCUCUGCUGGGCACCACCCGUGCUGA